UUAAUUGAAAGAAAAAAAAACACAUUUUAUAGCAUAAACCCUAAACCCUAGGGUGUGUUUGGCACACCAGAACCGUAAAAGAACAGAGAAACAAAGCCCUAAUUUCCUCUCCGUCAAUCAGAAAUCGAUUAUCUGCAACAAACAAACCGAUUCACAGAUACCCAUUUUGCAAAGAUUAUGGAAGUUGAUAGAGCAGACGGGCGGACCGCGAAUCAACGGAGACCGGUGGUUUGUACUCGAGGCGUACUUCAUCGGGCUCAUGGCUCUGCUAGCUGGGCUCAAGGUGAGACAAAGGUGAUUGCUGCUGUUUAUGGACCAAAAGCUGGAACGAAGAAAAACGAGAAUCCUGAAAAAGCUUGCAUUGAAGUCAUUUGGAAGCCAAAAACAGGGCAGAGUGGGAAACAAGAGAGGGAAUACGAAAUGGUACUAAAGAAGACGUUGCAAAGUAUCUGCCUUUUGAAUGUUCAUCCUAAUACAACAACGUCGAUUGUCAUUCAGGUUGUCAAUGAUGAUGGUGCUCUUCUUCCAUGUGCAAUAAACGCAGCCUGUUCUGCUCUUGUGGAUGCUGGUAUUCCUUUAAAGCAUCUUGCGGUUGCAAUAUGCUGUAGUGUAGCUGAAAGUGGACAUAUUGUUCUUGACCCCAGUAAGUUAGAAGAACAGAAUAUGAAGGCAUUUAUAUAUUUGGUCUUUCCCAACUCGAUAACAUCUGUUCUUCCGGAUGGUUCAAAAAGACCAGGAGGUGAGGCGAUGGAGCACGGUAUUGUUACGUCCCUCACCCAUGGCGUAAUGGCAGUGGAUGAGUACUUCAGCUGUGUGAAGCUGGGACGUGCUGCUGCGGCGGAGUUGUCGGAUUUCGUCAGGAACAGUUUAAAGUUGAAAGCUGGGAACGACCCAUCUAAAGCCGGCUGACUGUUGACCCGAUUUGGAAUAGGACAAUUGUUAACAUGAAUGUUGUCAGUUUUAUGAAUUGGAAUUAGUUAAACAUGUUGUAGACGGUUCGUUUAAAAUAUCGGUUUUGUCGGAAGUUUUCUAGUUUGGCACU